AUGGAUGAAGAUGUGUGCAUGCUCUGUUCAAGAGAGGCCGAAACAGGGGUCCAUGCUCUGUGGGAUUGCGCCGUUGCAAGGGAUGUCUGGGCGGGUAGUCUGGUUCGGCUGCAAAAAUGGAGCGUGGGUCAACAGGAUGUUCUUCAAUUAUUUCAAGAACUGAUGAUCCGGUUAGCCACAGCUGAGUUCAAGCUUUUCCUGGUUCAGUCUUGGCUAAUUUGGAGCCAAAGAAACACCGUAGUUCAUGGGGGAAAAAUGAAAGACCCGAGAUGGCUCAAUAAGAGGGCAUGGGAUUACCUUAAUGAGUUUCAGCAAUCACAAGACCAAUUGAAUCCCCAGCUGCAAUGA